GUGACAACUAUAGCCUGAAGAUCCGAAGCAGGGCUUGUAAUUUGUAAGAAUCUGAAUCAAUCUGGAGAGGAAGAGUGAAAUUUGUUUGCUUGACAGAAGAAACUGAAGAUCUGUUGACUUCAUAUAUAUUAUAUAUAGAGAGAGAGAGGGUGUGAAAGGGAGGAAGAGCAGACCAAGAUGGGAUGCUCGUUUUCUGGUUUGAAUGCUCUGUAUGAUGUAGUUAAUGGCGGAGGGGAUGUUUGGAUCAAUGAGAAUCGUUUCAGGAUUUUGAGGCAGCUUGGAGAAGGUGGUUUUGCGUAUGUUUAUCUAGUCAAAGAAAUUGUUAAGGACGUGGCUACUGAUGGGGGAGUUGGUGGUAUUGCGAAGAAAGUCAAGGACCCUUCUUUUGUUUCAGAUGAUGGGACUUAUGCAAUGAAGAAAGUCCUAAUACAAACUAGUGAACAGUUGGAGUUGGUGAGAGAGGAGAUCCGUGUUUCAUCUCUAUUUAGUCAUCCCAAUUUACUUCCACUUCUUGAUCAUGCAAUCAUUUCAGCAACACAAGAAGGAUCCGGGAACCAUGAAGCAUACUUGCUAUUUCCUGUUCAUUUGGAUGGAACUUUACUAGACAAUGCUAAAGCUAUGAAAGCAAAGAAAGAAUUCUUUUCUACCAUUGAUGUUCUUCAGAUAUUCCGACAGCUUUGUGCAGGUUUGAAGCAUAUGCACAGUUACGAGCCUCCGUAUGCACAUAAUGAUGUGAAACCAGGUAAUGUCCUCAUCACACACAGAAAAGGACAACCACCACUUGCCAUAUUGAUGGAUUUCGGCAGUGCUCGACCUGCAAGGAAACAGAUUCGCUCUCGUCAAGAGGCAGUACAACUACAGGAAUGGGCAGCAGAGCACUGUUCAGCCCCUUUCAGGGCUCCUGAGUUGUGGGACUGUCCAAGCCAUUCUGACAUUGAUGAGAGAACAGAUAUCUGGUCUUUGGGAUGCACUUUAUAUGCAAUAAUGUAUGGAAUGUCUCCCUUCGAGUAUGCGCUUGGGGAAGCUGGGGGAAGCCUUCAGUUGGCAAUUCUAAAUGCACAGAUCAAAUGGCCAACUGGACCCAAUCCCCCAUACCCUGAACCUCUCCAUCAGUUUGUGACAUGGAUGCUCCAACCCCAGGCUGCAGUUCGUCCUUGCAUUGAUGAUAUCCUUAUUCAUGUUGACAAAUUGAUCUCAAAGUUCUCAUCCUGAGUUAGACACAAGAUCAUAUACAGUUAAAGUACAGUUGAAGCAUGGGCUUACGGCUUUGUGGGUUGGGGUAGUAGUGUGUAAGUUGACCAAUCUUGAUUUGCAUGUGAGAAGUCUCGGUUGGCCUACGGGGUGUUAGAUCAUUUUCUUGAGUAUGAUUAUUACAGAAUAUUAUUUAUCUUCUUUUUUUGUAGCUUUAUAAUGUGCAUUGAUUCAAUGGUAGUGUAUCACUCUCUUCCUUUUCAUCUGAUCUCACUUUGAAAUU